GAGGCGGAGCCGGAGGCACGCCAGGCGCCAGGGGGCGUCGAGGGCGCGGGGCCGCCACGCACGUUCUGCGUGGCUCUGCAGGGGAAGCCGGGGAGCCUGCUCGGCGCCACGCUGGCCGACUGCAGCGGAGACGUGGAUGGCGCUGUCAUCGCACAUGUCUCGCCUGGUGGUCUUCUGCACGAGUGGAAUCGUAAAGCCACUGCGCAUUCCGUGGAGACGGGGGAUACCAUCGUUCGGGUGAACGGUGCCACGGGGUACUGGAGCAUCCUCAGCCAGAUCAAGAAGAUGGGCUCUCUCGACAUCGUCGUGCAGAAGGCGGCGUCGGGGGACGGAUCGCGUGGCCAGGCUUCCUUCGAGCACGAUGUGGUGACGCAGUGCCUGCAGGGCGAUGGGUCCUUGCUGCUCCACCUGCCGCGUCAGGGCGAUGAAGGAUGCUGCCCCGUCGGGUCCGAGACGAGCGUGGUGGCUCUCCCGAUCGUGCGGAGCUCGGGGUGCGGCUCGGAGCAGUGCUCCAUCUGCCUGGAGGCCUUCCAGGCAGAGGAGAACCUCGUGCAGCUGCCCUGCCGCCACGAGUAUAUCGGCGAGCGGGCGGGCUCGCUGCGCCAGGCGAUGGAUGCGCUGUACCACAAGAACGAGCUGGCCCAGGAGUGGCUCCUGAGGAUGGCCCUCGCUGCCAUGGGCACGGGCCAGAAGUGCUUCCCGCCCGCGAAGAGAGGCAAGUUGCGCGCCUUCUUGAAGGGCACUGGCAAGAAGAAGGCUGUCAUGAAGCGCACCGCAGCGAUGAAGAUGAAGAGGGGAGAUGCCCCCAAGACUCGCGCCCCGAAGAGCGUGCCAUACGUGCGCCACGGAGCCUUGACGACAAAGUCGCGGCGAGACCGCGAACAGUGGGCGCGCUGCCUGAAGGACAUCGUGAACCGCCCCCUGAGGACUAUCAUCAACUUGCUCAAGAAGGAUGGCGUCCUGCCCGAAUGGCACGGCGUGGCUUGUCCGUACUGCCAGAGGUCAACGCUCGGCCCUCUCAAGGACUUCGGGGCGAAGGGGGGCGGGUGGGCGCGCAUGUGCAAGGGCAGAGACUGCGAGCGCCGCGUACUGCCCCAUGCCUUCCACCCUAUCUUUCGCGUCGGUGCUGGGAAGUCCCAUGCUGGGCUUGGUGACCAGGCUGCGAUCUUGUUCUGCGCUGUAUCUGGGUGCACGCAGACGACAGUUCGCUACCUGCUGAAAAAGAACCACAAGUUGGCGGAAUCCAUAUACAAGUCUCUGUACGAUGCCAGAGCCAAUUACGUGCGGCAGGAAGAGAAGAAGAUCCGCUUCGGCGAGGAUGUCGAGUGGCCCGACGUCGAGGCGGACGAGGUCGACGUUGCCAAGGGCGAGGACCCAGACGCCACCUCGCGCACCAAGAAGCCAGUGGCGUGGGAGCAGUGGGGCGGGAUUGUCCAGCGCGGAGACCCUAAGUCGCUCGUCCUCUUCAGGCUUCGCCCAGAGAAAACAGUGCGGGGGGCGCCAGGCCCAGGCCCGAUCCGCAAGCGCGACUGGGCCCCGCUGGCCAAGAAGUGGCUCAAGCAACGCAAAGUCAUACUCCACACAGACGGCGCCCGCUCCUACAAGCUGCGCGUUGACGGCGUGGUCCACGGCUGGGUCGUCCACAUGAAGAAGCGCGUGAAGACCGCUGGUGUUUGUGUUUGGGUGGGUGGGUGGAGGAGGGGAAGGUGGCCGUCCCUCGCCGACGCCGAUUGCGGCGGUGCCCUUUUCUGCCGCAGAGUCAAUUGGCUCGACCACUUGACCAGAGGUACGAUGUGGGCAUUGUCAGAGUCGGCGCAGGCAAAGGACAGUCGGCCCCUUUGCCGCUCCUCGCAGGUGAACGGCAAGUACGUGUGGGUCAAGCCAGCCUUCACGAAGGUCAGGUAUCACGACAUUGCAGACAAUGAAUGCUCCAACAAGAAGAAGCGCAUCUGGGUGAAGUGCGGGACCCAGAUCAUUGACCGCGUCUGGGGCGGGUUGAUGCGCCACCUUGGCCCCAGCCGCGGGGUGAACUCCCGCGCGCUGGCAAACAAGGUGAGGUCCUUCCAGUGGUGCUACUGGAACAAGGGCGAGGACCUGUGGGCGCAGACGGGCAAUAUGCUUACCGCUCUGUUCCAGCAGCAGCACGAGUGA